CCUGACAUUAAAAUUCUUACAAUUCCUACCUUACUUAUAUUUUCCUAAAAUGUCUCGUUAGAUUUUUUUAAACAAGAUUUAAUUUCAGAUGGUAAAUCUUGGACCAGGCAUGGAAAUCAGAGGAAUGUUCCUCAAAGUACCAUUUGGUUUGUCAUUUAAAAUAUAUAUCUUCAAUGUGACGAAUCCGAUGGAGAUUCAAAAUGGCGCCAUACCCGAAGUAAAUGAAGUUGGACCUUUCUGUUUUCAAGAAUGGAAAGAAAAAGUUGAAGUUACAGACGAUGAAGACAAUGAUAUAAUUUCAUAUAUCUCUAAAGACACUUUCACAAGGACAGACGGACCUGGAUGUGUAUCGGGUCAAGCAGUUGUGACAAUUCCUCAUCCAUUGAUUCUGGGAAUAGUUAAUGCAGUAAUGCGAGCCAAACCUGGAGCUCUUUCCUUAAUCAACAAAGCCUUUAAAUCUAUAUACGACAAUCCUACUUCAAUAUUUUUGACUGGGAAAGCUGACGAUAUACUCUUUGACGGAGUAAACAUCAAUUGCGGGGUGACUGAUUUCGCUGGUAAGGCUAUUUGUGCGCAAUUGAGGUCUGCUGGUACGUUGAGAGAAGUUGACGAUAAAAUUUUGGCUUUUUCUUUGCUUGGACCGAAAAAUGGCACGCUUCAAAAACGAAUCAAAGCUCUUCGCGGAACCAAAGAUUAUCAUGACGUAGGUAGGAUUGUGGAACAUGAUGGGAUGGCUAAAAUGUCUGUCUGGCCGACAGAAGAAUGUAACAAAAUAAAAGGAACCGAUGGUACAGUGUUUCCUCCGAUGUUAAAAAAAGAAGAGGGGUUGGUGUCGUUUGCUCCUGACCUUUGCAGAUCUCUAGCAGCAUUCUGGGUGAAAAAAACGAAAUACGACGGUAUCCCAGUCAGCGAAUACUCGGCAAGUUUGGGAGACAUGUCUAAAAAUGAACACGAAAAGUGCUAUUGUUACACGCCGGAUACGUGUCUCAAAAAAGGAGUGAUGGAUUUAUAUAAAUGCAUUGGCGUGCCGAUUUACGCCUCUAUGCCACAUUUCUACGACUCUGACGAAUCUUACGUGAAAGGCGUAAAAGGACUGAGGCCCAACAAGACAGAACAUGAAAUAAUUAUUCUGUUUGAACAAUUGACUGGUGGGCCAGUAUCGGCCAAAAAGAGACUUCAGUUUAGCAUGCCUUUGGAACCAAACCAGAAAGUGGAUCUGUUUAAAAACUUCACAACUACUGUCCUUCCCAUGUUCUGGGUAGAGGAGGGGGUGGACCUAAACAACACGUUCACCAAACCUUUGAAGAUGCUGUACACGAUGAAGAAAGUGGUGAACGUCUCGAAAUGGGUGAUACUUCUGGCAUCUCUUGGAGGCAUGAUUGGAGCAGCGUACCUGUUUUUUAAUACUAACGAUACAGUUACUAUCACCAAAGUGAAAGACGUGAAAAAAGCUGCGAGUGGUAUAUCGACAGUGAAUGGAAACGUAAAUAGGGCCAUGUCUGAGAACGAAGUGGAUAAAUAUUAGUAUAAAUAGGGAAAUAAAAAAAAUAGUAAAUGAGGGGUAAAUGUGAAUUUUCGAAAAGCACUAUUUGGUUAUAUUUGUUAAAACGGAAAUAUGUUUUCUAUUUGUCGGAAUAGUUUAUGAAGUGAAAAUUUUCUUUUUUUUUGGGUUGUGUUUCUGAAAAACGACUCCAAUGCCUGUUUAGUAUUCUCUUCUAUUUUCUGCUCACUUUCCUAGUUUCUUUUCUUAAAAUACACCGUUUCUGACAUUUUAUAUUCAGCUCCUUAUUAACUUUAUUAAAUUACAUAAUUUUUAUUCCAUUUCAAUUCAAAGUUAAAAAAUUACUUUAAUUAAAUUCAUGUUUUUAUCAUUUUUCCAUCCCUUUUACAAUUUAAAACCUAUCUGAGAAUCGUUCAUUAAUCUCAAUUCAAAAUCAAAAUAAUUUGUAGUCUAUGUCUUUCCCUUAAAUUAAAAUGAUAUUUAAUUCUAAAUCGAUUUUA